AUGGGCGGUCUCCUGGAACCUGCCAGAGUGCGUCUACAAUGCGGCGAGAAGUUCUGGCCUCUUCUCGGACAACUUCAAUAUCACAACCGGGUACAGUGUAUCCGCUUUAAUGACUUUGAGGUUGAUCAAUGGCCAGUAAGAGGUCGAAAGGGUCUCGUUCUUGACACGUUGUAUGACUGGCUGUCCGCACUUCCACUCGAGGUGGAGCACAUUUGGAAGUCGAGAUGGGGUCUCGUAAAAUCCAUAUUCAUCUUCGGUCGAGUGUUAUUCCCACUUCAUUCCAUCUCCACAUUGAUAUAUGCCCAUUCUCCGGUCCUGACGAAAGCGGAGUGUCACAGUGUAUUCGCCGUUGGAAGCACCGUUAUAUACCUUCAAGUCUAUGCGUUGUCACAGGGAAAUCGGUGGAUGGGUAUAUUCUUGGGCAUUCAAUUCGUGGCCUUUGCUAUCGCUGUUGCAAUCUUGCAGGCUCUCUUCUUCAAGAGCAUGGCAUACAUGGUGUUGCCUUUCGAGGGUUUCCAUUGUAUCCCUUUCAAGUUCCACAACGGACUUGCAACCGCCACCUACAACGCUGCUAUCGCUACUGAAAGUGAAGUUGCCAACCAAGAGAUUCUCUUCGACGAUACUCUGAAGUUUAUCUUGGGCCACAGGUACAUGGAACUUCGGGACUUACGACGAGGACAAGGGGAUACAGCUCUAGAGGAUGAUCUCUUUGCUAUCUUGAACCUCUUCUGCCUCGAACGUAAUGAAGUCGUUAUGGUCCAGUCUGCGAUGGGUAUUGCCGACCUACAAUACCCCAUAUCGCAAUUAGAUUUCGAAAGCGUAGAUACGCCGAAAAGAGAAUACAGUAUAUAA